AUGGAGAAUGCCAAGAACACCACGUCCCAAUCGGACCCAGAGGACACAAGUGGACAUGCUCCAGUGAUGGCGACGACCGAGACACAACAACCACGUGUGCAAAAUGCAGCCAAAAGCCACGUGUACAAGACUCGUAGUAACAAGCCAUCUGUUGGCGCCACUGCCUUCACUUCUGGCCAGCAGCUGCACUCUACUGCUGCUCCCGCAACUGCUGGCGCCACCAACUUCACUUCUGGCCAGCAGCUGCACUCUACUGCUGCUCCCGCAACUGCUGGCGUCACCUCCUUCACUUCUGGCCAGCAGCUGCACUCUACUGCUGCUCCCGCAAUUGCUGGCGCCACUGCCUUCACUUCUGGCCAGCAGCUGCACUCUACUGCUGCACCCGCAACUGCUGGCGCCACCGCCUUCACUUCUGGCCAGCAGCUGCACUCUACUGCUGCUCACGCAACUGCUAGCGCCACCGCCUUCACUUCUGGCCAGCAGCUGCACUCUACUGCUGCUCCCACAACUGCUGGCUCCACCGCCUUCACUUCUUGCCAGCAGCUGCACUCUAAUGCUGCUCCCGCAACUGCUGGCGCCACCGCCUUCACUUCUGUCCAGCAGCUGCACUCUACUGCUGCUCCCGCAACUGCUGGCGCCACCGCCUUCACUUCUGGCCAGCAGCUGCACUCUACUGCUGCUCCCGCAACUGCUGGUGCCACCGCCUUCACUUCUGGCCAGCAGCUGCACUCUACUGCUGCUCACGCAACUGCUGGCGCCACCGCCUUCACUUCUGGCCAGCAGCUGCACUCUACUGCUGCUCCCACAACUGCUGGCUCCACCGCCUUCACUUCUUGCCAGCAGCUGCACUCUAAUGCUGCUCCCGCAACUGCUGGCGCCACCGCCUUCACUUCUGUCCAGCAGCUGCACUCUACUGCUGCUCCCGCAACUGCUGGCGCCACCGCCUUCACUUCUGGCCAGCAGCUGCACUCUACUGCUGCUCCCACAACUGCUGGCGCCACCGCCUUCACUUCUGGCCAGCAGCUGCACUCUACUGCUGCUCCCGCAACUGCUGGCGCCACCAACCUCAAUUCUGGCCAGCAGCUGCACUCUACUGCUGCUCCCACAACUGCUGGCGCCACCGCCUUCACUUCUUGCCAGCAGCUGCACUCUACUGCUGGUCCCGCAACUGCUGGCACCACCAACGUCACUUCUGGCCAGCAGCUGCACUCUACUGCUGCUCCCGCAACUGCUGGCGCCACCAACUUCGCUACUGGCCAGCAGCUGCACUCUACUGCUGCUCCCGCAACUGCUGGCGCCACCAACUUCACUUCUGGCCAGCAGCUGCACUCUACUGCUGCUCCCGCAACUGCUGGCGCCACCAACUUCACUUCUGGCCAGCAGCUGCACUCUACUGCUGCUCCCGCAACUGCUGGCACCACCGCCUUCGCUUCUGGCCAGCAGCUGCACUCUACUGCUGCUCCCGCAACUGCUGGCGCCACCGCCUUUGCUUCUGGCCAGCAGCUGCACUCUACUGCUGCUCCCGCAACUGCUGGCGCCACCGCCUUCACUUCUGGCCAGCAGCUGCACUCUACUGCUGCUCCCGCAACUGCCGGCGCCACCGCCUUCACUUCUGGCCAUCAGCUGCACUCUACUGCUGCUCCCGCAACUGCUGGCGCCACCGCCUUCACUUCUGGCCAGCGGCUGCACUCUACUGCUGCUCCCGCAACUGCUGGCGCCACCGCCUUCACUUCUGGCCAGCGGCUGCACUCUACUGCUGCUCCCGCAACUGCUUGCGCCACCGCCUUCACUUCUGGCCAGCAGCUGCACUCUACUGCUGCUCCCGCAACUGCUGGCGCCACCAACUUCGCUACUGGCCAGCGGCUGCCUACCCCAGUUGCUCCUCAAAAUGACAGCCUCCCCUACUCAGGAUUUGCCAGCCCUUCACAGCAGGUCUUCGUGCAAUGUGACGUAGAUUCCGAAUCUGAGGAGUACGGAGAGGGUGCCGACGAAUUCGACGAGAUCUUCAACAACGUGACAGCAGGAACUGCAUCUCCGGCUGUUGCUGCCAGCGGGUCUGCUGCGGCAUUCACCCAUGCUGGGGUGGCACGUACGCCUGAGGGGAUUAACAACGCUACAGUGCUUGCUGCAGGUGAUCUCAUCUCGCGGGCAGAGUCUGAGGCGCUGUCGGCCCAAUUCCGGAAGGUGGAGCGCGAAAACGUGGCUCUAAGCAACCAAGUCAACUACCUCCGCCGCUUAAACCAGUCAGUUUUUGCCCGAUCUGGUAGCCCCGCAGGUGAUGAGACCACGCCCAACGAAGGAGCAUCAGCCGGAGCAUUGGCUAUGGAUCCUGAAAUUGUGCCGCAGGUCUACUUGUCUUCACGCCUGGCCGUUGGUCGCGCCAUCGCCAAUGCGUACCAGAACGGCGGCAUUGUGUGCGGUGACAACGUGGCGCCCGAGUACGAGUCAUUUGCGGCUCAGCUUGCUGACGCUAUGAAGAAGGUUCCGCCUCACAAAGGUGGACUUACUCAGCCCCGUAGUCGCCUUCUCUGUUCACCCCUCUCCCCCCUUGCGCUCUCCUCUGCUUUUCUCUCACAGCAACACCGUUACUGCCAUCCUUGUCCUCCCAUCUCCCCAUGUUUGCUACCCUUUGGCUUUACAUCAUAUGAGCCCUAA